AUGGGGCCCCACGGAGUUUUGAGUCCUCCUUACGGGGGAACCUACGGGGGCACCGUAGUGCUUAAUGCCGAACUCGUCGACAAAACCUUUACGACCUUUCUAUUCUUGGUUAAGAAGUUGAGUAUUAAGGUUGAGAAGUUAAAAUUAAGUGUUAAGGUUAAGAAGUUGAAGUUAAGUGUUGAAGUUAAAGUUAAGAAGUUGAGUGUUGAAGUUGAGGUUGAGAAGUUGAAUGUUAAGGUUAAGGUUGAGAAGUUGAAUAGAAAGUAG